AAAAGUCUUUCGACCCAAGCCAAAUAAAAUCAAAGAAUUUAUGACAGCUGAUUGGUCCGGAGCGUCUUAGUCAUCUCCUAAGGCAGAACUAGCCACAAGAACAUGAUGUGAUACACUGCCAAGGGGUAUUCUAUUUUUCUUUAUAUAUUAUUAUUAUGGUAUUAUAUAUAUAAAUGCAAUAGUUAAUAGUAUUUCUAUUAUUGAUUUUCAAAUACACCAGCCAAAAUUCUAUCUGCAGCUCAAUUUCCUAAACAGCAGAUUUCUAAGACCCUUUUGUUGGUUGUCGAGCGAUAAGGGUGUAGGAAUUUCGGGGUGUCAAAUUUUGUUCAAAUUGUUAAUUUGAUUUAGGACUUUGAUGCGGCUCGUUUAUUUUGCAUAUUUUCUUACACAUGUAUAUACAUAUAUGCCAAAUUAUGUUGAUGAGACAGCUGGCGGGGGAACACGGAAUGCGCAUUGCACUUGGGGCGGCCGCGACCGUCAACAAAAGUGGCAACAAAUGAAGCAUGGGUCAGGAGGCACUUUCAGUUUUGGCCAACAACAGACAAAAGACAACGACUAAUCGGACGAGCAGGUUCUAUGAAUAGAACACCAACAAAAUCAGCUGCGCGCUGAAAAUCACAUUCGUGGGGCAACGCGUCGCCAAAAACCUGCCAAACAGAGUCAAGAGUGCAGUCGACGUCAAAGUCAACGUCACAUGCAAUACCAAAAACACAACACAAAGCAUAAGGCGAAACAAAUAUUGAACAAAUUAUGUAUUGAAGAUGUUAUACAGUCGCGGCCGUUUGCAUAGGUUCGGGCGAUAAACCCAAGGUUAAUAUUGAGUUUAGAAAGAGUUCAAGGAAAAAGGUAUAGGAUCUGUUGGAUUGUACCUUCUAACAAAUAGGGUAGUAAAUACAGAGAUACAUUUUCUUUAAUAGUUUUUGAAAGAUCCUUCAUCUUAGUACCUAUGUAUGUACAUAUAUUCGUAGCCCUUACGACACAUACAAUACAAAUACAACAAUACAAGUUAAUAUAUUCAUAUAUCAUAUUAUUCCAUAUUCCUAACCCUCAUCCCCUGAACCUAUAUUCAUAGCCCCUGCUGUAUGAUUCUUCUGAGUGAAUAAUAAUAAAGAAAUUGAGCAAAAAAAGCUGCGCGCGUUUGGCUGCAUUAAAACUUUGAGCAAGGAGGCGCAGCAACUCAGUCGAGUUGAAAAUUUGUCGCGACCAGCAGUACACGUUACAACGUCUCGGUGACGACGCCACAGCCCCAGCCCAAGAUAACAAAACAGAACGGAACAGAACAGAAUCCAACCGAGUGGAGCCGAGGCGACCUGAACGCCAACCCAAACGCGCGCAGCUCGGGCAAAUUAUUUUCGAAAAGGAAAAUUCUGAAAUUUGUUUACGAAACUCAGAAAAACUCAUUAGAGAAUUGCUCUCUCACUGAGCGUGUGUGUGGUGUGUGUUUUGUUUGUGAAAAACGUGCUCGACCUGCCAGGCAUUGUGUAAUUAGUGGGCAAUCAAGAGAUCAUCAGUAUUAGCCAUCAUUCUUCGAAGUAUUACAACUUGAAAUCAUUCAACAAACAAUCAACCGUCAGCAUGGCGUCCCGAAAAAACGUAACCCUGACUGGUUGGGGAGCUCCGGAGAACAGUUUGACGACAGUGGAGCGCCUGCAGACCCUCAACCUGACGAUCAUCGAUCACGAGGAGUGCCGCAAGGCCUGGGACUAUCACGAGGGCAUCGACAUCGGACACAUCUGCACCCUAACAAGCGCAGGAGAGUGGGCCUGCUCCGGCGACUCCGGCAGUCCAAUCAUGUGGGAGGGCAAGCUGGUGGGUCUGGUAAACUGGGGACGACCCUGCGGUGUUGGUCUGCCCGACAUAUGCGUAUUAUACUUUAUUGCUCAUUGCGAGUAUGCCAACACGGUUUACUAUCCGGAUUGCAUCCGUAGGACUCCCACGGGAUGCAAGAAUCGGGUUAACUAGAAUAAAGACAAAUACAUAAAAUCGUGUUAGAAAUGUGAAAUAUACAUAUUUAUUGAUAGAAA